AGAGUAAGAAAGACAGGCGGGAGAGUCAGCAAGCUCCAAGAGGCGGCCACGUAUGACCCGGUGGCGGGCAGGCGGCAGCGGCACGUCGCAUCAUGAGCUUGGCUGUGACUCGCUGGCCUUCGCGAGGGGGAGAUGGGGAAUGUCAACAACGUCAUGUCAUGUGAUCCGCUGACCGCAUCCCACGUGGCACCGCCACACUCGCUAUCGCCGCCCGGCCCUCGCCGAGGCCGCUGAGAUUUCGGCACCUCCACUUUCCACCUUGUCCGAUCUCGACUUGCUCUACCCACCAUGUCCGCGCCCAUGCUCGCCUCGACGUCGCGCGCGCGCCUCCCGUCCGUGGCGCCCGCGCUCCGCCGCACCGCCUUCAACGCCCACGCCACCCCCACCGAGGGCAAGAUGGAGGUCAUCCGCGCCGCGCUGUAUCCGAAGGACGGCGUGGCGCCGACUUCGGCGUCCCCCAUCGGCGCGCGGCACGCCGACUACGAGCGCCGCAUCCGCGCCGCCGCGCCCAGCGCCGAGGCGCACGAGACUAUCGAGCGCGCCUGGAACCUCUUCCGGCGCGACGCGCGCGCCGAGCGCACCGCCGCCCUCGCGGCAAAGUACGAUGCCAUGGUCGCUGCUUGCGCCGAGCUCGACGCGCUCACCCGCCCUGCGGGGCAGGACGGCGAGUCUAAGAGCGGCGACGGUGUCCUUCCCCGUGCAGUGUAUGACCGCGCUAUGGUGCGCGUCGCGCAUGCCAGCGCCGCGUAUGCGGCUGCCAAGCAGGGCAUGGCGCAGGGCAAGAAGAAGACGACAGAGAGCCGCUGGCUUGAGGCCAGGCCGGAGGGGAUUGUACCCCGCGAGGCAUGGGUGCCCGUCGACAGCAGGGGGAAGGGGUGGAACUACGAGUGGAAGCGGCCACUUAACGAGUAAUUCUCCCACCGGCGACAGUCGUCUCAACACCUCACACAACAGUUCUGCAUGCAUAGAUACCCAUCUUC